AUGUCUCAAGUUAGUUUUUCAGUAGCUCAUAAGCGUUACGUAACUUCUUUAUAUAGACGCGCUUUGAAAACUUCUCUCGAUUGGAUUAUAGAUCGUGAAGCUUGGCGUCAUAAGGCCGUAGAGAUUCGCGCAAGAUUUGAUGCAAAUAAAAAUGUUAGCAGUAUUAAACACUUGAGAGCAUUAUUAGAGGACGCCGAAAACGAACUUAGAAGAUAUAGCCAUCCUGACCCUUAUAGAUGGCUUAAAGAGAUUCAAACUUCAACUUUUGUAAAAAUGCUCUCAGCAACGAAAGAUUUUAUGAAUAAAGAAGCACCACCAAACUAUGUAGCUGGUUUGGGUAGAGGUGCUACUGGUUUUACCACAAGAUCUGAUAUUGGUCCUGCAAGAGAAGGUCCUGCUGACUUUAGUGAUGCUUUGGCGAAAAAAGCCCAGCAGGAGGAUGAUGACGAUGAUGAACGUUUUCAAGAUCCAGAUAAUGAAACUGGUCUUUUUGCUUCUGCUCCAUAUGAAGAAGACGACGAAGAAGCGGACAAAAUAUAUGAAGCUAUUGACCAAAAAAUGGAUGAACGUCGAAAGGCUCGAAGGGAAGCACGUGAAAAAGAAGAAUUAGAAAAGUAUCGUGCUGAAAGACCGAAAAUCCAACAACAAUUUGCUGACUUGAAACGUGGUCUCGCUGCAGUUACAGACGAUGAAUGGGCAAAUCUCCCUGAAGUCGGUGACCUUGUUGGUAAAAACCGUAAAAAAACUAAUUUGCGUGAAAGAUACUACGCGGUUCCUGAUUCUCUGCUUGAAAAGGCUAAAGAAGAAAAUCAAUAUAUGAGCACAUUGGAUGCACAACAACAAAGAUUUGGUGGCUUCCAAACUCCAUCCCCUGACAACGGGAUGAUGACGAACUUUAUAGAAAUCGGCCAAGCAAGAGAUAAGGUAUUAAGCUUGAAAUUAGAUCAGAUAUCGGAUUCUGUGAGUGGACAGACUACAGUUGACCCUAAAGGUUAUUUGACUGAUUUAAAUAGUGUAGUUAUUAAGAGUGAUGCAGAAAUUGGUGAUAUAAAAAAAGCGCGUCUGUUAUUGAAUUCUGUGAUUUCGACAAAUCCAAAACACGCACCAGGUUGGAUUGCUGCUGCUCGUUUAGAAGAAGUUGCAGGUAAAUUAUCCGAGGCGAGAACCAUUAUUGCCAAAGGAUGUGAGGAAUGUCCGAAAAACGAAGAUGUUUGGUUAGAAGCUGCACGCUUGAAUAAUCCUGAAUCUGCAAGAACUAUAUUGGCAAACGCUGUUCAACAUCUUCCACACUUUGGAAUUUGUACCUAA